CCUUUGAUCGUGAACUGUCGUCGAUUCCCGGCUGAGGGUUGAUAUUUUCCUGUAAGCUCAACCCUCCCUCAGUCCUCUUAAAGUCGCUGCGAGAAUCUGUACGGCCGUCGCGAAACGCGAGUAGCUACGCAAUUUCAUAUUGAAAUGAUUAAGUAACCAUCGGAUAGAGCGGUCUGUUUAAAUGAAAAACUAGAGUGAUGCUACUCAAAACUUGUGCGCUCUGAGGUUUGGUGUUGUGUUUGUGUUUUUAUUUAGUUUCACUGUCGUUUUUUAUUUGACUAUUGUGGUGAAGGAGCUCGCAUUAUAUCAUUGUCGUUUAGCGGUUAACGUUGGUGAAGUAGACGACUUCGGCGCGAAUCCGACAUGAUUUGAAACACAAAGAGGGGCGCGUUCCAGCGCGGAUGUUGCGAGAUGGGUGGGCCGCGGCGCAUGUCCAGUGCGCUGCUGCUGCCCUUCGCGCUGCUCGCGCUGCCGCCCUCCGACGCUGCCAACACCACAACUUACAGGGAGGAAGUGGAAUCGUCAUUGCGUUUAGUUCACGCCGUGGCGUCGGGCGCGACUGGGGCACUGUGUGUCACGCACAGGUACGGCCAGUUGCGAGCACCCCUGCACGCUGCGAGGUGGAACACGGCCAGGGCAAGGGCAGACCUUGCCGCUAACGUACUGCACCAACUGGGACUGGAAACUGCUGAGGUCCUAAUGGCAGUGUCCCAAGGUCUGGUUAUGGGAGCCACUCCUGUGGAAAGGGCGGUCGGGUCCAGGGCGUUGGCGCUCAGGUCCGAGGAUGGUGUGGUGAACAGCGCAGUGGCCUGGGAAAGAUACGGCACAGCGGAACCGGUGGCUGUCGUGUCGCCGCAGUUAGAGAAACCUCCAGACCCUGAAUAUCCCUGGUACGUGUCGGCACAUAACAGUGAAUCUCUCCGUUCUUCUAAGUUUAUGCCUUCCCCUCCCGGGGUCACCAUGGAGGGCUGGUGGACGUUCCCCUACUAUAGUUGUCAAGCAAAACGGUGGUUACUUUCAUAUACGGUACCUGUAGCAACAGUACGCGGACUCAAAGGUGUUAUAUCGCUGGACAUAGACAUAUCUACCUUGGAAAUUAAUCAAUGUGAAGCAAACCCUGACUACGAUAGCGAUAAUCAAAUUUAUUCUUUUCACGGCACUCACAAGUGCCCGAACGAGACUACCUACUGUGACUACAAACCAAACAGAGAAAUCAAUGCACGGUACGCUGGAUGGGCACGUGGAUUGUAUAUCUGCAGAUGUAGACCUGGUUACUACUCAAUAAAUCAUCCAGAAGGAUUUAACGGAUCUUUAGUUGAAGUUGCCUUUCAAGAAUAUGAAGAAAAUGGCUUAGAAAAUUGGAGUGAACCUUACGAGUGCUUAAAAUGCCAGCCAGGAUGCGAAACGUGCAAAGGGCCAGAGCCCUGCCUUGCCACUUACAACUGGCCAUUUCGGAUAUCUCUACUGGUGAUAUCAGUGAGCUGUGCUGUAAUGACAGUGUGCCUCACAAUCUACACACGUCACCACAGGAGGGUGAAGGUGUUCCGUGUAGCCAGCCCUGUGUUUCUGUCUAUCACUUUACUUGGAUGUGCCAUCAUGUAUAUGGAAAUGGCAGCCAUAUUCCCUGUACUGGACAGGUAUUCCUGUAUUGCUACAAAAUGGACUCGGCAUAUGGGUUUCUGUAUUACCUACACAGCUCUAUUGAUGAAAACUUGGAGAGUUUCUCUUACUUACCGUGUAAAAUCUGCACACAAACUGAAACUAACAGAUAAGCAGCUGUUACAAUGGAUGGCUCCAAUACUUCUUAUAAUGUUAGUUUACCUUGGAACAUGGACUCUCUCUUCACCACCCGAUGCUGAAGAUAUUACAGAUAACAAAGGUUUAAAAUUCAAGCAGUGCACAUACAACUGGUGGGAUCACAGUUUAGCUAUAGGUGAAAUUUUGUUCCUGUUAUGGGGAGUUAGGGUUUGUUACCGAGUCCGCCACGCUGAGAGCUUGUACAACGAGGCGAGGCUAAUAUCCAUUGCCAUAUACAAUAUCUUCACGGUCAAUUCACUGAUGAUUGCGUUUCAUUUGCUCAUUUUGCCUCGGGCAGGACCUGACAUCAAAUAUCUCCUCGGCUUCAUCAGAACUCAAUUAUCCACCUCAACUACAGUGCUAUUUGUUUUCUUACCAAAGGUACUCCGCGUAGUACGCGGCACCGGCGACACGUGGGAUAGCCGCGCGCGAGCGAGAGGGGUGCCGGCGUCCUGCUCGCUCAACGGCAUCGGUCUAGUGGCCGACGAGCCGCCCGAUCUGUACCAGGAGAACGAGGAACUGAAGGAGGAAGUACAAAAGCUAGCAGCUCAAAUAGAAUUCAUGAAGAUAGUACAGAUGGAGAUGCACAACAGACAUUUGAGACCACGGCCAGGGGGAUACUUCACCGCCAACACUACGGCGGGACCGCAGAGCCCCAUGCAUCCUAAAACUGUCAACAUUUCACAGGAUAACACCGAGUGGGCGGGCCCCGUGUGACUGGUGGCAGUGAGCGACACCGGCUGGUCGUGGCCGGGCCCGGCGGCCGCAAGCUACCGUAAGGCCCGCGACCCGCGCCCGCCCGCCUACGUCUAAUGUAACCGCGCUACUAUACGGCUAAUAACUCACGGAGCGAACUCCACCCGCAACCUCCCGCGUAACGUCUAAGAUGCUGCGUCCACCUAAGCAAUGUGACACGCUAUCUGCCAAGUGAUCUGGCAUAUAACUUGCCACUAGCACCAACAUUUAAAGUAAAUGUCUGGGCUAGCACCCAUUUGCGUGGCGCAGCGCGACAUGCCCUGACGUGCCACUCAGCGUGCUACUAGUGACACAAUGAAGUGGCGCGCAAUGGGACUGGGCGGGCUGGUGGCGUUGAGUCCAAUAGGUCGUGGCCGGGCUUGGCAGACGCACGGUGCAGUAAAUCCCCACCCGCCUAAGUCUAACUUGACCUCCUGUCCGCACUAUCAUUCGGCUAAGAAUUCACGGAGUGAAGGAGCAAUAUCAGAUCACGUGUCACGAUGCAUAGGUGAGCAGAGCGCCUAAUGUGACCUCCUGCGCCGGCGCCAUCCUUCGGCUAACAACUCACUGAUGUAAUUCCACCCGCGCCCGCAAUUGGUGUUGAAUAGGGAUAACGACCAACGAUAGCUCAAUUAAACGUAGUGUCCCUUAGCAGUAGUGUCGUACGCAGAAUAACAGCGACUGGGCAGGCCCCAUGUGGCUGGUCGGGGUGAGUCCAAUAGGUCGCAGCCGCACGGUACAGUAAAUCCCUCCACCAGCACCCGCCCGCCUACGUCUAACUUGACCUCCUGUCCGCAGUAUCAUUCAGCUAAGAAUUCACGGAGUGAAAGAGCAAUAUCUCUAUUCGCGCCCGCCGCGGAUGCGGGGACGCAAUUCUCGUAGAAACUGUGGUUUUAGGUACAACACAAUAGGCUCUUUAACAAGUUUUCGAAAACGUUUAUACAUUAUUGUAUAGUGGCUCCAUAAAAAGUGGAUAUUUAUAAUUCUGUGGGUAUCAGUAAAAAAAACUCAAAUAAAAAAAAUAUUUCAAAUAUGCCGCGGUAACGUUUCUCUAGCAAAUAUGGCGUGUUUAUAGGCAGGCGACGACACACGGCUCUAAUUAAGACGUCAAACAGUACAAUGUCACAUCCUUAGGAUGUUUACAAGCAGGUGACGUCAUUUUAGGCUCCGCCAAUCCUAGGCGCUUUCGGUCACAUGACAAUAGAUCAAAAAAUACUUUUCUAUUUUAUGAUUUUUAGUUAUAUUAUCAACUUGCUUUUUUUUGUGAGAGGGUGCGGGUAAAAUACGCUCCGUGAGUCAUUUAGCCUCCAUAUGGGUUACUUUCUGUUGCCGCAUCCCAUUCUCGAGUAUUUGUUUCGCUCUGAUUUGUUAUCACUCAACCACGUCUAGAUGACACGCAAGAGAUAAAAAUCAAAUUGAAUCAACGCCUUCACCAGCUCAUUUUGCGAUACCCGUUGAACCGUUACAGAUUUUCAUAGGGUACUUUCAAUCGCCAAUAAGAAUAAAUAGAUUCGCUCCACCCCUCUUCUUUAUAUAGGAGAUAUGCCCUUAUUUGUAUACAGUCAGUAAAUAAAACUUUAUAACAAAUAGAAUUGGGUAUAUACCUAGUUAGUCUAUGCGCAGAACGCGUUUUCAAUUCGUGUCAUUUAAACGUAGUGAUUUAUGCAACAGAAACAAGAUAGGAUGCGUCCACAUAGCGAUCCGUUUUACAGGUCCGUUAUACGAUAGCGCAUUUAGUUGUAUGAGCUAGUUCAAACACGACAGUAUACCGGAUCUAGUAAAAAAUCUCACAACUGAAAUACUGAUCCAGUAGCGUCGAUUCCUCUAAAUAGGUCCCGUAAAUUUUGUAUGUAUAUUAACUUCAGUAGCUACGGUUCCGUUAAAAAGGAUCCUGUAACAACGGACGUUCUAUGCAUAUGCGCCCUUAGCAGGUUACACCAGCCUUUGUUUGCUCGCUAUUCUUCGUCUUUACUGAAAACCAGUUUUGUUAAGUCAGCGACUUGAAUACGAAUAUUAAUUUGCAAUGAACUAUAAAAUAAUAUCAGACGCCCAUUAAAUAAAAUCUUGCUCAGUCAGAUAUAUUUAUUUGAAAUAAAAUAUAUAACUUUAGGCUUUUGCCGAAUGUUUGUUUUAAUGUAUUGAUAAAUUUUUUGACCGUUCAACUAAACCGUAUUGUAACAUUUGAAUUGUCAAAAAAUUUACGUUGUGUGCAAGAGUUGCAAAAAAGGAUUGCCGCAGGAUUGUGAGAAUAUGAAUUAGUCGCCUGCAAAAUGACAAAAAAAAA